CGUCUAUACUUCGUCUGAUCGUGAAAUAGACAGUCGAAAUUACCGCAUUGAAAGGAAUCGAGACGGAUUUCUUCAGUGAUCUCGUGUCGUUCGUAUUUGUUCCGGAACAGGUGAAAAGCAAUGUGAAAUUCACCUGUACGCCUGAUUGGCUGUCCAAAAGUUUUUGGCGAAUCAGCAGCUCGUAAGGUGGUAUUCACAUUGAUAUAUACCAGAACGAACAGAUGGCGUCACCGUUCCAAAUCUCCUGUUCCCUGGGCACCCGUGUUGAGAGAGAAAAUGGCGGCGCGCAGAGCCGAAGCAGUAGCAGCAGCGAGAGUGACGAGUAGCGAUAUCGGUAGGGAAUAGAAGUGAAGUUUAGUGAAGUGAAGUGAGCGACGGAUCAGGGCCGCGGCCGAUCGGGCAGACACUCGGACAGACGGACAGGCAGACAGGCGAGGAAGUGAGUGCGCGUAUUAUUAUGUCUCCCGUGUCCGAGUCCUCGGAACGGUUCCCUUUGUGUGAAUCAGUGUAAAACAAGGCGCGAGACCCCGAAGAGAGGCUCGAUGCACGAGACACGUACAAAAUCGUGUGCGGGUUUAAGCAGCGUCGAAGCAGCGAGGACUUGCUAGCCCUUGUCGGAGGGUGUUAACCGGGGCACGGGUGCGGUGUUAAGCGGAGCGAAUAAGGCCGCAAGCAGCAGUGUUUUGUUUCAAAUAUGCGGGAAUUCAAGGUAGUCGUCCUCGGCUCGGGCGGGGUGGGAAAAAGCGCGUUGACGGUGCAAUUCGUCUCGGGCCUCUUCAUGGAGAAGUACGACCCGACUAUCGAGGACUUUUACAGAAAGGAGAUCGAGGUUGACAACUCACCCUGUGUCCUCGAGAUCCUUGACACCGCUGGCACCGAGCAGUUCGCCAGCAUGCGCGACCUCUACAUAAAGAACGGCCAGGGUUUCGUCGUCGUCUACAGCCUAACCAACCACCAGACCUUCCAGGACAUCAAAGCGAUGAAGGAGCUCAUCACUCGCGUCAAGGGCACAGAACGAGUGCCGGUCCUCCUGGUCGCCAACAAACUCGACCUUGAACAUCAGCGCGAAGUCCCAACGACUGAGGGCAACGGCUUGGCCCAGUUGUGGGAAUGUCCCUUUGUCGAGGCCUCCGCCAAGAAUCGGACCAAUGUCAACGAGAUGUUCGCAGAGAUCGUCCGGCAGAUGAACUUCAGCCCUGAGAAGGAGCAGAAGAGAUACUGUUGCUGUGCGAUCCUCUAAUACUUAAUCAAAACCUUGGCCGAGCAGACUGAACGACGAUAGGUAGAUAGUUUUAGGUAAUACACACACAUAUAUAUGUUUAAGGUAUAACUACCGAGACUCGGCCGAGUAGUUUCGAGCUGUGAAUUAAUAUGAUGAAAAUUAAUAUGGAUCAAGUGAUGAUGUUGUCUAUUAACAAUUUAUAACAGUAAUAAUAAUAAUAAUAACUACAAUAAUUAUUCCCAUUUAUAUAAACUCAGUGACGCCGAUGGUUGCAUAUUUCUAUCCGCAGUUGCAAGAAGAAGAGAUCGAAGUCGACAAUGAAGGAAGGCAUUUCAUAUAGUGAAACUAAUUGUAAACAGAUAUUUUAAUACACCUAUGAUAAUAGUAUUAUUAUAUGGGCAUGUGAACAGAGCACGGCAAACUGUUACCGAAUGCGUAUUUUCGAUAAGAAAAUAUAGAGAUUGUGUCUAGAAUUUUAUUCAACGGGCAAAUCGAUAAAAUUUGAAAUAUGUGAUCAAGUGAUGCAAAGGUGCUAAGUUUUGUGGGUCUAAUGGGGAAAUUUUUCAAAACAGAUAAAACCUAAUUGGAGAAGAAAUACCAAACCAAAAACGGUAUUGAACCCAUUCUUCAAUUGAUAAUACGUAUUUUGUAGUGGUUUUCAACUAUGUGCAGCAGCAGCAAUAGCAAUAGCAACAGCAGCAGCCUUUCAACCAGUCGAUAACUAACGUUAAAGAAAAUACAGUGCAUCCAUUUUUUUGGUAAUUUUAAACAUGGAUUACAAAACUAUGUUUCUAAUUGUAACUCGUUUUCAAUAUUUGUGUUUAGAAGACUUACCUAUGUGGAGAAUUCCAUGUGUGCAAAUUCUGAUGUUAAAAUUUUUUUACCUAUGUCUUUUGGCCGGUGAGUUGCAGAUACGUGUUCGUGUUCCACGAACCCAUAUUUUCAAUACCGAACCUAUUUUUCUACCAUGUUGAAAGUAACUUGAAAAUUUUUGCUAAACUAGACUGUCAAGUAUCGCAAUGAAACAUUGUUUCACCAAAGUAAUUUCAUCAUCUUGCAAUUGACAAAGUAAGUACGUAUCUGCUACCAACACACUCUGUCGUUUUAUAUGUAUAUGUAAUAUUCUUGUAAUAUAUAGCAGAAAUAUAGGGAGGCAAACGAAAGACAAAUAAACCCGUUGUAGUUGUAACAGCUUCGAUGCUACAUUUUGCCAUAUUAAUCAUGCCGUCAAGAAUGAGGCCAAUAAUAUGCGACAAGGACAUAUUUAGUAGAAAAAGGGUAGACGAAAAUCUUGACUGCCCAAUGUUUAUCAUUACGUACCAACAGAACCCUGAGAUCCAGUAGACAUUGCACGCUUUCUGCUCAAUUAAAAGAAGUAACAUAUGUAAAGGAAACAAAGUUCGACACCGCUCUGUAUUCGUACAUGUUGCAAAUUAGGUGCUGAAUUACCUGGGGAAAGGUUGGGGGGGGGGGGGGGGGG